UUCGCCAUGUUGGACAACUGUAGGAAAGAUUGCAACGAAAUGGGUUGUUACCGCGUGUGUUGUCGCUGUACAUAUUUUUCGCGAGGAUUAUUUGUUACUGUUAUGAAAAGCUAACCUAAGUGAACUUUGAAGCCUCUCGAGGUAGCUCAGCUUGCUAGAUGCUCACAAGAGACAUCGGGUGUGAUCAACACAUCGCUAAACAGAGAUUAAGUGUGAAUGUAAAGUGUUGUGAUUGUGUGAACAUGUGCGAAAGAACGAUAGCAGAGUACGAGGAACUUUCUCGAACAAAAGAGGAGAACGAGCAACAACGUCAACUACUGGACGCUGUUUUCAAGAAGCCUCAAGUUGUGGUACACAGAGCAGAUGUCAGCAAAGAACAUCUUCACCCUGAGCAGCAGGAGUGGAGCUCGAGGAUGGAGCAGGAGGUGCCACGCCACCCUCACAUUAAAGAUGAAGAUGAGGAGCCACAGCCUCUCCACCUUAAAGAGGAAGAGGAGGAGCUGCAGCCCCCCCACAUUAAAGAGGAAGAGGAGAAGCCACGGCCCCUUCACAUUAAAGAGGAAGAGGAGGAUCACAGCAUCAGUCAGGAGGGAGAGCAUCUUGAAGGCUUGGAGGAGUUCCCAGUGAUCGUUGUCCCUGUGAAGAGUGAAGAUGAUGAAGACAAAGAUGAAAGUGAGGAGAAGAGAGAGGUGGAGCCUCCAAGCAGCAGCUCAACUCAACACAUGACAACAGAAGCUGAUGGAGACCACUGUGGAGGAUCACAAGCAGACAACCUCUUAGCUCCACUAUCAGAUAGUGACGACACAACGUCACACUCUCCUGACACUGAUGAUGAAGACUCUAAAGCUGAUAUGACAUGUCACACUGACAACACACACUUGAAAUGCUCUCAAUGUGGGAAAACUUUUAAUCGCCGUAGUUAUCUGAAAAGACACAUGAGAAGUCACACAGGUGAAAAACCAUUCAUGUGCUCAGCUGGAAAGAAAAUUCUCUUCUCUUGGAAGGAAAAUUUUACAGUACAUUCUAGAUUGCACACUAGAGAGAAACCCUUUUCCUGUUCAGUGUGUGGUAAAGGUUUUUCCAAAAAAGAUAAGUUGAAAAGACACAUGACAACACACACUGGAGAGAAACCACAUUCUUGUUCAGUGUGUGGUAAAGGUUUUGCACAAAAAGCUGAUUUGAAAAUACAUAUGAGAACACACACUGGAGAGAAACCAUUUUCUUGUUCAGUGUGUGGUAAAGGUUUUGCACGAAAUUCUAAUUUGACAAUACACCGGAGAAGACACACUGGAGAAAAACCAUUUUCCUGUGCAGUGUGUGGUAUAAGUUUUGCAGACAACUUUUAUUUGAAAAUUCACAUUAGAACACACACUGGAGAAAAACCAUAUUCCUGUUCAGUGUGUGGCAUAAGUUUUGCGGGAAAACCUAAUUUGACAACACACAUGAGAAGACACACUGGAGAGAAACCAUAUUCCUGUUCAGUGUGUGGUAAAAGUUUUGCAGAAAAAUAUUAUUUGACAACACACCUGAAAAGACACACUGCAGAAAAACCAUACUCCUGUUCAGUGUGUGGUAAAGGUUUUGCAUGUAAAGGUGACUUGAAAAAACACAUGAAAACACACACUGUAGAAAAAACAUAUUCCUGUUCAGUGUGUGGUAAAGGUAUUGCAAAUAAACAUGAUUUGAAAACACACAUGAGAACGCACACUGGAGAGAAACCAUAUUCCUGUUCAGUGUGUGGUAGAGGUAUUGCAAAUAAACGUGAUUUGAAAACACACAUGAGAACACACACUGGAGAGAAACCAUAUUCCUGUUCAGUGUGCGGUAAAGGUUUUGCACAGAAAGGUAAUUUGAAAAGACACUUGACAACACACACUGGUGAGAAAGUGUUGAGUUGCAGUGUGUGUGAUGAAAGAUUCUCUUAUAAGUACCAGCUUAACAACCACAAGUGUGCUGGUGAGAACAGCAGCAGCAAAUGAAGCUGCAGGACUUUAAACUGUUAAGACUUUGAUAACUUCGACUUUACCAGCACAUAUAUUGUGUGUUGUGUUGUGUGUAACAAAAUCUUGAUCAUAAAAUAUAAAAUCUUCGUACGGAAAGGUUCCCUUCAGACCACACAC